AACACCAGCGCUACAUCACGACUCGCCCCAAUCUAUAAACACCAGGUCCCAGACGUAGACAAAGGCGUCUGUCUCCGGCCCAUUCCACGAGAAGAUGAGUACCAGCACAACUAUGAUGAACUCUUCUUGGCUGCUCCUUGCUUUGGUUCUGCUCUCUUGCUUCCACUGCUACCCCGCCGCCCACCAUGGCCGGAAGCACGCGCGGCCACCACUGACCGCCGCCGUCGUCAUCGGCUCCGUCGUCCACUCCGGCUCAGAGCCCACCAAGGCCAUCUCAGGCACCCUGGUCGCGGUCCGCUGCCACGACGGGUACGGCCGCACGGUCUUCCAGAAGGAGGCGGUCACCGACCGCCGCGGCACGUUCCACGUCCAACUGCCGCACGAGGCCAGCAGCCGGCUCCGGUCCGUCACGGCCUGCUCGGUGCACCUCCAGCAGCCGUCGGGUAACGCGCCGCCGUGCGCCGCUCGAGGGCUACAUCUGGUCGGCCCGAAGCGCCACGGCGGCGGCGCUCGGAUAUUCUCCGCCGGCACGUUCGCCGUCCGUACGCCGGAGCUCUGCGGCCAGAAGGGCCUCUUCUUCCCGCCGAUCCCGUUCGUGCCGGAGCCGCCGAACGUCGGUGGCGUGCCGAUCCCGCCGAACCCAGUCACUCCAGCACCGCCGUCUCUCGUGCCACCCCUUCUGCCCACACCGUCUCCGCCGUCCGUCCUGCCACCGCUUGUCCCACAGCCACCGCCGUCGUCGAUAGUACCACCACUGUUGCCACUAGUUCACCCGCCGCCGCCACCCCCACCCCAGCUUCUUCCUCCCCUGUUUCCUGGCAUACCGCCGUCAUCCGCUUCCAAGAGUCGACGGCCGGGGACUCCCUGAGGAAAACGUCCAGUUUCAGAGCUGUUGUCGGCGAAGUGUGCAUGUAUAUUGAUCUUGGUUUCGUCACUUCGUGUCAUGUUCGGAGGAUCUGCUGUGCGUUACCAUGAAAUAGGAUGUAACAAGAUGUAUAAUCUAAGUGUCCUGCUCAGUAUUCACUGCUAGACAACUCACUUCAA